AUGACUUCUAUUCAAAGGCGUACGCCAUGCUAGACCCAAUAACACUAACAAGUGGCCGUCCAGAAUUUAGAUAUAAAGGCCCCUCCAAAGUCCCGGUAUCUUGAAACUUUACAACCUCAAACACACACACAUACACACAAACACACACACCCACAAAAAAAAAAAAGCAUCAACCUCAAAAUAUCAUUACAAUACCUUUGAUCCUUCCGAGGACUCCACAACGGCUCUCAGAACCUGCCCAUCGAAACCGUCAAACCCAACUCGUGGGAUCGAAACACUACACAUAAUAUUACGAUGUGCUGUGAUUAUUAUGAGGUUUGGACCUGUGGUACAGAGCACGCUAGAAAGGUUCGGACAGAUAAAUGUCGAUUGGCAAGAAGAAUUGGAGCCCUAUGCGCAUGGAGAACGAGACCGCGCAUAUACGAACGUGCCCAGAGAGGUACUCAAUGCGAUAGAUGCCCAAGGAGAGCAUAUCAUUAGGCUUAUGGAGGACGAGGCCGGUGAGAACGUCUUGAUGGCUGUUCAAGCUGGUUCUGGUAGCGGAGCAUGA